AUGUAUAGUAUUUCCGAAUCCGAAGUAAAAUACUGGCCGCAUAUCCGAUGCCAUUCGGAUACCUCGGUAAUGUACUCCAUGCGAGAACCGGUAGCCUGCGAUAUCUUCGGAGGAUUUUCUAGAAUCACCUUGAUCCCUGCUGGUAGUGCGGAAGUGGGUGCUUUCUUGGUGCUCUUGCUCUCGGGCUCCUCCGUGGUAUUUUCGUCUUCGUCAGCUUCCUGCGCAUCUUCUUCAGCUUCGUCUUCCUCGUCGUCUUCACCGGCCAGCCACCUGUUAUACGACGCCAGUAAGGAUGCGACUUCUUCGUCAGAAACUGCUUUGUUGAGGAGCUUCAGGUCUUUGCUUUUGUAUCCCACUUUCACCACCUUCAUGCUGUCGAAGUCCGCCUCUUCCGGGUCCUCUGUGAACUGCAGCAAGACUCUACAUCCUCGCUCGUUCGCGAUGUAG